AAAUAAGGUACAGGUUGUAUAAAAGCAAAGCUCCCAAAAAAAGCUCCCCAAAUGCAUAUAUCAAUUUAACCCAAGAUCAUGAGUCAAAUGGACUCGAACAUUGGGUGAACUUGACCCUUAAAAGGGUCAAAAUUUGGAUUAAUUCGGAUAACUGAAUUAUCUUUUCUCCUCCUUCACUGUGCUUUAGUUUUGUAGGUCUGACCAAUCAUCUUCCUGUGCUGCAGAUGUUUUUGUUGGACUUUAAUUGGCAGGGAUGGCUGGCAUUAACUGACAGGUGGAGAUAAAAACACAAAGAAUCAUAGACAUAGACCUGUUUAGAUAACACAGUAACUCUAUGAUUAGUGCUGUACUUUUUAAUGCCCCAAAAAACAAUAAAACUCUUAACUCAUAUUGAAAUAUGUUUAAGCUGUGUGUCAAUUAUGAUUCAUUUCUGACUGACUUAGAAAAAAAGCCUCCUCAUUACAAAAUGGACGUCAGCUGUCUUUUUUUCAUUUUAGGACAAACAAGCAUCAUGUUCCGGUAAAUCAUCUGCAGAUGUAAUGCAGAAAUGGAUCAACUAACACAACGCCCAUGAUUUGUCAUAGUAAUCUGCUGCCUAGAAUGAGAGUGAUCCAAUACGUGUCUCCCAAAAAAAGAGAAAUUUAACCUGCUGUUGUUCUCCAGAGAGAAGACUGCCCUUGUUUUUCAGCUGUGCGAUUACACAACCUUUUCUUAAUUUUCACCAGCUGAACAUGACUCUGUCACAUGUAUGCUUUACAUACGAACCAUAUAUCACACAUUCAAUGAGCUCUUUUGUGGUGGAGCGCUGUAAUUACACAUAUCAUUGUGUUCCAGGGCAGUGGCUUUCCUGAGAGUUUAAUUUCAUCUUUUAAAGAGGAUGAAGUCAUGACAGUAAACAACCCAAAAGAUUACAUACCAAAGUCGCUGUGUAAGAAGUACUUUAACCCAAAGACCUUGUUAAGCACUCAUCAAUAGUGUGUUUAAUGCUAACAAGUGCAAAAAAGGAGUGAGACAAUCCUGCUUUUAUUACACAUUUUUAUUAAAGAGAAACUCACAGACUCACUACAAAUGACGAAAGUGUAAGUAGGUUUUGAGGUGCAAGUGUAAUUUUUUAGGGACAAUCAGAAAAUGAACAUGAUCAUGUCAAUAACAUUAUCCAUCUACACCCAUAGAUUGGUUGAGGGCAAAAAAAAAAAGGAUAAAUAAACUGCCAGACUUAAGGGACUGAUAGCAACAAGGAUGGGCCACCAGAUGUCGGCUCUGACCUAUGAGUAAAGCACAAUAGAGACUUUGUUAACAUCACUGCUGAUGGGGUUUAAAAUGUUUGUGACCACAGUCAGUCCCUCCUUUAAACAGACAAAACUGUUUAUGGUGUGGACAUAAGUCUGUGAUAUUAAAUUAAAAGCUCUUUUGCUGUCACUUAAAAAUCUGCGUUGCGAUACUCUUUGGUCAAAAGGGAGGGUGGAAUUUGUGCAUUAACCGCCUCUGUGAAAGUGCUUUAGAGCAUAAAGACUAAUCCCCAGAUUCAAAAGCAUCAAUUCAACUAAAAAUUCCUGCAAUCAUUUGCAGGGAAUUUUGGCUAAAACUUUUGGUUAUUUUUUCCCUGAAGUAUAAAAUGGGGUGCACUACUCCAGGCUCGCCAGCUGGUGGCAGUAAUGUGCUAUUAUGUCGUGUAAGUUCAUCGAAGAAGACGGACGGCAGCCAAGGAUAAACACUGUAUGUGUUUUUGUUUUGGAUAACACCGAAAAUGUGAUUUUUAACGUUGUUCUCGCCUUAUAGCCAUCUGGUUAUGGCUGAAGAACCUGGACGAGGAAACGGAAGGUCAGACUCCGACUGAUGGUGAGCCUUGUUCUCCCCUUUUUCAGUCAGUGUAGCUGCAGAAAUGCCUGUCAAGGUUAGCAUUAAGGUUAGCCAGAAGCAUGCUAGCACUGUGACAAUAACAUGAACGGUCAGUAGGAAGAUGUCCGUAUCUCUCUCUCACUCCAAACUCAGCCUUAACUCUUGCCAGCCUGCCUUGAACCGGAGGAGCAGAGAACAAGAUGCUGCUGAAGAUGCCCCAGAAGCUGCUGAAAACUGCCCAUUACAUCGAGCUGGGCAGCUAUCAGCACUGGCCCGUUUUAAUCCCACAGAGGAUCAGGCUGUACACCUACGAGCAGAUCCCCCUCUUCCUCAAAGAAAACCCCUACAUCACAGAUGGCUACAGGGCCCACCUGCCCUCCAAGCUCUGUCUGAGGAGGUGGGAGUCAUGAGUUAUACACUACAGGCCAAAAGUUUGGAAGCAAGAGUUGAGUUUAAUGUAUUCUGGGAUGUAUUUACUACACGAUCAGAUGUUGCUUUCAUGGAAAUGCAAUCCCUGGAACAUACCUUAAAAAACUUGUGGAACGAAUGCCUGGAAUAUGCCAAGCUGUUGUUAAAGCCAGAGGAGGUUACUUUAAAGAAAGCAAAGUCUAAGCAACAAUAACUCAAAUACCUCAUAAUUAUAGUCAAAAUGUCUUCCGAUAAGUUACUCUUUACACAAUAGUCAUGUUUAUUGUGUUGCAAAUUAUAUAUAUGAAACUGUGAUCUUUUUUUGUACAAAUCUGAUCUUGCUUCCAAACUUUUGGCCUGUAGUGUACAUGUCUAGUUUGAUGAAAGGACAAAUUCUUUCAACAAAUUUCUGGUUAUAAAUUAGUAAAUGAAAUGCAAACAAAGUUAAGAUGUCUGGGGUUGCAUGUUCUAUCAUUUGCAUUAGUGUGACAUUUGUUCUUCUCUCUGACUUUAGUAUUUUUAUGCUGUCCAAUGAGACUGUGAACAUCUGGAGCCACCUUCUGGGUUUCCUGCUCUUCUUCUCUCUGGGGGUAAACGAUGUCUCGUCAGUAUUGCCAGCCUCCGGCGCUAACAGAGAGGACUACAUCAUCUACGCCAUAGGACUGUUCUGUUACCAGGUACAGCUGCUGAAGGCGUUGAUUCCCAGGGGAGAAACAAGAGCUAAAUUAUUGAUCUCCUGAGCAAAUUGCAGAUAUUACUGAAGUUCUGAACCUAUACCAAUACCCUCUACUUUAUUUAAGGCCCCAGCAUCACUUUUCACUAUAUGUUUAAACGUGUUCAUUGACUUCAUUUUCAUUCAUCAUCAUUGUUUAUCAUAAUGUAGUUGUGUGGCAUAACAAACGUGUUCAUGUGGAUUCACAUUCCCUACAACAGGUGCAACUGGUUCACUUCUAUCCGACAAGGUGUGUAAGCUGUGUGGAGAGGGUCAGAGUGUACAUACCUACAAUAGAAAUAGUAUUGUAGUGCAGCGCUCCUCCUCUUGUUAGCCAUUCAGUGUAUGACAGUGGUUAUUGUUUGUGUGAGCUGUGAACUAUUUGUGUUGUAGGAUUUGUCAUGGGCCUACAGCUUGUUAGUGUUAUAUGUACAUUUGAAGUGAGACUGAUUUCCCUUUUAGAACAGGUAUUGAAACCCUCCCAUUACACAAAAACUGAUUAGAUUGUUGAAAAGUUUCUUAAGAUAAAUAAAUGUGUAUUUAGUCUCAGUGUCCUUCAGUCUGUGAGGGUUGUGUGUGUGUGUUUUUCCCAGGUGUGCAUGUUGUGUUCUGUCGGGUAUCAUCUGUUCUCCUGCCACCGAUCAGAGAAGACAAGCCGUCGCUGGCUGGCUCUGGACUAUGCAGGCAUAUCUGUCGGCAUCCUGGGAUGUUAUGUGCCUGGGAUAUUCUACGCUUUCUACUGCAACGCUGUAAGUGCAAACAAGAAUCAUCCAAGAUUACCAAGAUUUGAUUAACUCUCUCAUGAUGUCGAUCAAACAAACUCACAGACUAUCUGAUUUCUUAUUGCCUGAUUUUCUCUCUCGCAGUUUUGGCGACAGGUGUACCUGCUGACUGUGUUGUCCCUGAUCCUGGCAGUCUUCUGUGCCCAAAUCCACCCCCGUUACCUCAGCAAUGACUGGCGAAGGAUACGGAUGACAAUCUUCUGCUGUGUGGCUGGCAUCAGUGUGAUCCCAGCGUGUCACUGGGUUUGGCUCAACGGGGGAUUAUCUACUGAUGUGGUUCAGGUCAGGAAAUAAAGCAAGAAAAGAAGAUGUUGGAACUUGUUUCAAGUUUUUGCACAUUUUUUAUUUACACUUUUUUAGCAGAAGAUUAGGAAGAUAAGUGUUUCUCAGCACUGAUACUCUUUAUUGAAGCUUUUAUCUGAACAUCCAUUUGACAGUUAAUCUGCAGAUUAUCCAAAGCAACAAGUUUCAUCCAUGAAUCUUUGCGCUGUCCUCUCUUGACUUUGUGAUGUUUAGUCACACUGAUUUCUUUUAUCCGCCCAUGUGAAGCUGUUCCUGCCUCGAGUGAUUGUGAUGUAUCUAAUAGCUGGAUCUGCCUUCAUGUUCUACGUCACCAAGAUCCCUGAACGCUGUUUCCCAGGUGAGUCUUUGUCCGUCUCUGUUAUUUGGUCUGAAAAAUUAAUCUGUGAAUAAAGUCACUGUAAGACAAUUGGAGUUAAACUGACUGUGUGUUUUGUUGUUGGUAGCAACACUGUAUUAGCACUAAGGCUGUUGUCAGUCUGGGUAAAAGACUGACCUCUGUGGUUUUGUUUAAAUAACCAAAAUGCCACCAGAGUUUUUAACAAAACAGACGUCUUUAACAGACAAGCGAACAAGAGAAAAAAAAUAAUUUAAGUACAAAGUUUCAUCUAUAAGACGUCUUUUCCAACUCAGUGUGUGACAGCAGAAGUCUGAUGAACUUCAGAGGUCAGUAUGUUUACAAAGAAUAAUCACAGAUGAGUCAGGAGACUGCAAAACCCCUGCAGUUUUCUAUCUUUUUUUGUAAUGGAAUAUUUACACUGCAGUAGGUUGCAAAGAGGCUGUGUUUUAAUCGUGUAGGAUGACUAGAAAUGAUGAAAAACCUAUCAUGUUUUUUGUCAGCAGUGUCUGACAACCAGCUGUUCUGGUGGUUUUAAUACUGUUAGCAAUUUAGUAUCCUAAAGAAGGCUUAUAUUUGACUUUUGGCUUAAUACUUGAUAAUCUUUUGGAUUUCUUAGCUUCCUUCUCUAAAAGCAUUUAAAAUCACCUACUGUCAAAAUAACCUGUGAGAAUUAAAAACAAUUUUAAAAAAUCAGUUCAUGUAGGAGCAAAAUGGUUUCCCUUCUGUCGUUUUCUAGGCCAGCUGAACUAUCUGGGUGCCAGCCAUCAGGUGUGGCACAUUCUGGUGGUGUUGAUGUUUUACUGGUGGCAUCAGACAGCUGUACAUAUCAUGCGUUUCAGGCACAGCCGGACCUGCCCAACCCAGACCAGCAGCAGCAGCCAAGUUUAACAAAACAAAUCUUGUAAGGGUAAGGCAAUCAGUCAUUCGCCAGUACACUCCAGUACAAAUGACUCCUUUUAGCAUUGAAAACAUAUUUACUGGUUGGCUGCUACCUAAAGAUUUUCAACCACUAGUAAGUUAAGCGGUUUAUCUGGGAGACUUGCAGAAUUCACUUUCUACAAAGAGCUGAUUGGUACCACUCAGUUGCACUUACCCUGAACAUCAAUCAAAAGAGGCCAGUACCAUUUUUAAGUCGGUCAAAAGAGGAUUUAGAGUUUCUGAAAAUCUCUAUUUCCUCAAACAUAAACUGAAUCUAAAUCAAGGGAUUAAAACCUACGGAGUCGAACCUCAGAUGUUCAGAAAAUGACUGUGAAACUUUCAAUAUUGCACCAUUACCACUACUAUAACAAUGCAUGAAGGUGGAGUUUGUUUGUAGGAACCAGCUAAGGUUUUUUUUUUGUGUGUGUCAAUUGUUGAUCAUGUUUUCUCAUGAUUACUUACUGGAAUGCAGAUUUAUGUACAGAGGUAUUGAGAAAAUAUCUGAAUGAUUCAAUUGAAUCAAAGAUACCAGCCAUUAGGAACAAUUCUUUUGUUUUUUUACCCAUUAAUCGCACAAGUUAAGGUUGUUUGUUGAGUCUGGAGAUGGUAGCUUGCACAGAACAAAAACAUGACAAGUGGCAACUCAGCAUUCAGGCACUGUGAGAAGUCUGUUUGAAGAGGGUUUGGUGUCGAAACUUAUGUAUUUGAAGCUUUGGAACAAAACGUUUAAGGUCAAUCAGCGAAAUGUCUGCCUUUAAUAGGAUAUGGUUUUACAGUGUGGGAAUCUUGUUUUUGUUACACCCCAUCCUUUUAUUCCUCCUGCUUGAUUUGUGUUUUUUUUCUGCUUGUGUUUUUGCUACACAAGAUUGAACUGUCUCAUAAAAAGAUCCCUGUAAUACUGUUUAAGGUAGCCAAAUCCAACAUGCUUGGGUUGCACCAGACAGCAUCUCAUCAGCCAGAGUCCUGUAGCAACUGAGAUAUUGGCCAUGUUACAAAGUCAGCACUCUGACGAUGACGGUCAUGAUCAGACUUUUCAGUUUGGAUAAAGAAAUGGUGUGUCGUCACAGGGCGAGUGAUUUAAAAAGGCCUGACUCACUGACUUUGGCUGAAUCUGUUUACCUGCUCCGCCCCACAUCAGCCUCCUGACGUUAUGUUACUCGAUUGUAGGGUCUCACUUUCUUAAUUUAAAAGAAACAUGCAGGUUUGAGAGGUAUACAGAAGACAUGCAAAGUUUUUACCUUCAGGGGAUGUUUAUUUUAAUGUAAAUGAUCAGAACACUAUUCUGAGCGGUUCUAAAGUACUGAUCCAGAUGUGAUUUAGAGGGAGAAUAUUCUGUUAGUGUUGUUUGUUUGAAUCAAAAACAAACCUAUUUUAAACUGAGAGGCACUUAGUUUUUACUGACAUUUGUGUCACUGAUGUGAUCAAUUAAAGGUAAAUAGAUGAUGGCUGAGCUAACAGCAUUAACAUGAAUCUAAUCUGAUUUUCAGUUAGAAAAAAACUAGAGCUGAAUGUCAUACAGUGAAUAAGAGAAACUGUAAUACUUUAAUAUGAAUAUGUAUCAGCUGGAGCGGUCACCUGAUGGCACAUCUGCUGCAGCUGCAUUAUAAAGACAGAGCAUGGAAAAACGAAUGUUCUAGUCUAUAUGAGGAGGGGGUUAAGGCCAGGGUGAAGUUACACAGGUAUCCUAAACAAUACACUCUGGGUCCAUUUUCGGGUUUUCAUCCUCUCUUUACACUUUAUUUGCCUUAUUUCUCUCUGUAUUUGUACUGUAGUGUCUACACACUCACUGUAAAAGAAAACAGUGAACAAACUGAUCAUGCUGUUUUCCACCAGGGCCAGUGUUUCUUUAAUGUUAUGAACAGAUUGUGCUGCGAUUACCUCCUUCCCACAGUGUAAAGAAGUGUCUUUAUUCUGCCUUUUGGAGUGUGUUUUUAUUAUUGGACAUGGACUUGACUUUUGGACUUUUAUUAACUUGCUCGAUCUUUUCUGGAAUGAUAUCUUGAUUGUUUUAUCCCGUGUUUGUGUUUUCCUUGAACAUCAUUUAUAUCAUAGAUCACUGGCACUGAACUAUAAGAUGUAUCAUAUUUAUUUUAGUGCCUAUGUGGAAAUAUAUUUUUAAACAUUUUGAAUGAAUAAAGAAUGCUGGAAACUGA